AGAGAGUGUUACAGAGUGUGCACUCUUUAACACAUUUAAUACAUUUAAUACAUGUCUCCGCUUCACAGGGUGUCAUUAGUUUAAGUUGGACUUUAUAAUAAAGAACAUCUGCAGAAUUCAUCUAAAUAUUAUCAAAAUAUGGACAUGUGCAGUAUGCUAAUAGCAAGAGCUAGUAUAAUAAUGAAGUAAUAUAAUAUAAUAUAAUAUAACAACCAGAUGUAAGAAAACGUGUUGGUUUGUUCUGCUCAUCUUCACAUUAAUCACAAAGCAUAUUGAAAUAUCUACUCUAACGUUAUAUAUAUAUAUAUAUAUAUAUAUAUAUAAAUAUAUAACCUGCAGACGCAAUGUUUUAAUAUUUAUUGUCCAGUGACACUGAUAUCAUUGUUCAUCCCUAAAAAUAUUAUACAAACAUCAUCUAUAGAAAACUGUGAAAUAAGUAAAACAUGUGUAAUACAGGGUGGUAAUAGUAGUAGUAGUAAUAAUAAUAAUGAUGAUGAUGAUGAUGAUAAUGUAAGAAACGUGCACAUAAGUGAAGUUUUUCCGGUCGUUGACUGUUUGUAUCCGGUCCACCGAUGUAUUCUGGUCCAGUUGUCCCUCUUUCAUUCUAAUUGGACUCUUCUGAUUCUUUGUGUUUUAUAUGGAACAUAAAGGUUUUAUUAAUCACACUGUCUGUGAUAUCUGACCUUCUCAGUGAGGAUGUUUCCAUCACACUCUGUCCAUUCUCUCCCUGCUGGUCUGGGCUGAUAUUUGAGUCUUUAUAAGCCUGUUCUGUCUCCUUUGCCAGUCUUCUUUAACUGCCUCUCAUGUCCCAGUAGUCCCAGCUUCCACCUGCUCAGGUGUCUCUUCCGUCCGCUGGCUGCUGUUGUCUCAGAGGCAGCGUCUGAAGAGUGUCUCUACCUCAUUGUGUCUCAGCAGAAUCAGAGCGAGAAGAGGAGUUCCCCGUCACUUUGUCCAGGUUUACUCUUUGCACGAGACAUUCCCGUCCCCGUCCUUUAAGCGUUGACGCCGCCCGCCGCCCGCUUCCUUCUUUAUCUUUAUCUUUGUGACGUCAUGUCUCAGAAGUCGCAGUCGGACGGAGGUCAGAAACACUUCGCUGUGGGUCGGGGGCUCCUGGCUGCCGCAGAGACCUUGAACUACAGCAUGAACGAGCAGCGGUCCGGCCGGCAGAUGGGGGGCGUGGCCUCAGGCGUCGGGGUGGGCGGCGGCGGCAUGGAGGGCCAAGAUGGCGGCUCCCAGAUGUCCCGGCGUGGCGGCGGUGGCCAUCUUGGCAACACCAUGAAGCUGUUUGCCAGUUUGGGGCUGUCGCCGUCCGACCUGGACGCUCUGGCCGAAAUCCCCGAAGAGGACAUCAGCGUGGAGACGCUGCCGCACAUCCUCAUGCAGCUCAAGAGCCGCAAGGGAGACGGGGGAGAGCGGAGGGGGGCGUCCUCCAUGUCCUCUGACGCUGCGUAUCGAGGAGGAAGGGACAGCUGGGACGACAUGGACAGGAUGGGCGGUCCGUCUCUGGGUCAGGGUUCGGCCCGGGCCCAGUCCUCUGCAGACUUUGGGUACGGUUCCCUGCAGGACGUGGCUCCCAGCCGCAGCUACGGCUUACAUUACGGUGGCGGCGGCAGCAGAGAGAGGCCGUACUCUGAGCUUUCCCGCCGGGACUCCUACAGCGGGCUCGGCAUGGGGCCGCCAACGUCCGAGCCCGUCUUUAUGCAGAGGAGGAUGGGCGCCCCGUCCAAUGGAAAAGUCCAAGACUUCUUGGGAGUCAUGCCCCCCAUGUUCCCCCACGUUUGCUCUCUUUGUGACUUUGACGUUCACUCCACCAUGGAGUGGAACCAGCACACUAACGGACUGCGACAUGCUGAGAACAGACGGCUGCUGCUCGACAUGUAUCCGGAGUGGGACCCUGGCAUGUCCUCAGGCAGAGGUGAGGGUCUUCUGGACACCCCCAACCUGUCUGCAGGGCUGCUUGGACCUGCCCCCAUGUCUUCAGUCCAGACAGCCGGAGGGAUGUCCUCCAGCUGGGGAGGAGGAGGAGGAGGAGGAGGUCCUGGUCUGUCAGCGAAGAACCAGUUGGGACAAAAUAAGCUGAGGAGCAGAGUGGUGGUGGUGAAGUACGACAGGAAGCCUCUCAGCAACAAGACUCUGUUCGCCUUCACCGAGCCGUUCGGCUGCCUGAGGGAGCACCUGGUCCUCAAGAACAAGGCCUUUCUGGAGAUGAACAGUCACGAGGAGGCUCUGGACAUGGUCAACUACUACGAGCAGCACCCAGCAGCUCUGUACGGGAAACCCCUCACCUUCUACCUGUCCAAGAGACUGCUGGUCAUCGAGAAAGAUGACCGGGCUUCAAACAGGCCGAUGGACAGAUCGAUGGAGAGGCCGAUGGACAGGCCGAUGGACCGGCCUGUCCGGGAGGUCAAAGGUCAUGGCAGUCAGGUGGUUUUCUUCUCCAACCUGCCCAGAGAGGAGGAGAAGAAGAAGGAGCUGCUCACCAUCGCCGGGCGCUUCGGCAUCGUGGAGAAACACCUGUUCCUGACCGACCAGGCGUUUGUCCAGCUGGGGACGCCGGAGGACGCAGAGAUGCUGGUCAAGUAUUACAGCGUGAACCCGCUCACAAUCAAAGGGAGACCCAUUCGCCUCAACAUCUGCACCAAGUACAAGACCCUUAAUGUGAACCGGAGACAGGGCGUGUCCGGUGGCGGGUCCGGUGGAGGUUCUGGUGGAGACAAUCGAAGCCAGAGGAGCGGUGGAGCAAACGCCACCUCCUCCUCCUCCUCUACCUCUGGGACCAGGACUUCCUCCAGCUCGCUCAGGAACUCCUCGUCCAAAUCCUCGUCCAGCUCCAGGACCAGGGAGGAGAAGAAGAAGGAGGAGGAGAGCAAACUGAAGCCUGAGGAGAAACCUGCAGCGGAGGAGGAGGAGGUGUCGGGAGUGAUGGAGGGGGAGGACAGAGAGGAGGAGGUGGGGGAGGAGCAGGUAACUGAUGGAGACGCAGCGGAGGAGGAGCCAGAGAGAGCAGAGUCUGCAAAGGAAACAGUGGAGGAGUCGGAGGAGGUCCAACAGGAGGAGGCUCCUGAUGGUGAUGACGUCACUGAUGACACUCCUCGAGACUUCAACACCAAGCAGGGGGCGGAGUCAGAGCGAGCGACGCAACCGACAGAGACCGAAGAACACGAGGCCAAAGAGGACACGAACGCAGAAGCAGGAGAUAGUUCAGAGACGGUGGAGGGAGACCUGCCUGCUGACGUGUUUGAUCGGGACUUCCUGGAGAACAUGGAGGACUUUGUGACGCUGGACGAACUGGCAGAGGACGAGGACGAAGCAGACGGGGAGUCGGACUCUUUGGACAACACGAGGAGAGGGGGUAUGAGGGUGGUCAACAUCGUCGGGUUUAGACGAGGUUACAACUUCCUCACUGAGCUGCUCGGACUCGCCAAACCUUUUGGGAAAGUGGUCAAACACCUGGUCCUGGACCUGAGACCUGAGGCGUACCUUCAGUUCGGGACAGAGGAAGAAGCUCGAGCGAUGGCCAAGUUUUACAACAGCAAUGUGACGGCGUCAGUGUGCGGCCGCCCGGUGAGGGUCAGUCACUCCAUGAGCUACCCGACCAUCCAGUGCGGCUCCAGUAAGGUGGUGUACAUCGGUCAGAUCCCCAGCAGUAAAUACUCCGACGACGCCAUCCUGAAACUGGCCGAGCCGUUCGGGAGAGUCAGGAAGUACUUCCUCAACCGGCUGAAGAGAGAGUGUUUCAUCGAGAUGGAGAAUGCAGAGGACGCAGAGAAAAUGGCCGACGACUGCAAAGCCAAUCCACCGAAGUUCAACGGAAAGCGUCUGACCGUCUACGUCAGCAGGAAGUACCGGCAGCUCAAACACGGACAUCGAUGUCCCAGCGCCACCAAGAGAGAUCACAGCGGCAGCACGUCUCCGACAGCCUCCAGACACCCCGAAGAACCUCCGGCCAAGAGAACGAAGGAGGAGGGGGAGGAGGAAGAGGAGGAGGGGGGAGUGCACGAGGAACAGGAGGAGAAAGAGGAGGAGGAGGAGGAGAAGGAGAAAGAGGAGGAGCUGCAGGGUGGUGCUGACAAGAGAGAAGAAAACUCAGAAGAGAAGAUUCCUGAAGUUCCUGAUCAGAACGAGGAGAGACAGGAGGAGAGACAGGAGGUCAAACAGGAGGAGAGACAGGAGGAGAUGGAGACGUCGACCAAUCAGAACGGACCGACGGAGCCCCCCCCGCUGGCUGAAACCAAACCCAGUGUGGCGUCUCUGCCGCUGCCCCCCCAUGACCCCGACACCCCCAUCGGCGUUGAACAUGUGAAGAUGGGUUAUUACUGCCGCGUCUGCUUCCUGUUUUACUCCAACGAAGAGACGGCCAAGAAGACGCACUGCAGCAGCCAGACGCACUACGACAAGCUGCAGAAAUAUCUGGAGAAGGAGCAGACCAAAGCAGAGAAGAAGAAAGGGAGGAAGACGACGGCGUGAAGACGACCUGACGAGUUCCUCCAAACUUUGAUGUUUUUCUAGUUUGUCGUUGAGUCGAACGCAGACGACGCAACCUUUGAACUCUCAGAGCCGUUGUCAUGGUGAUCACCCGAGGGUAAAGUGCGUCGUCUACGUUGGACUUCCUCAUGUUAGCUGCUAGCUGCUAGCUCAUGACACAAACAAACAUUUUUUAAGCUAAAAUAAUAAUCGGUUGCUUUUUGCUGGUUUUAUUGAUCGUCUGUGAUCAAUGAAUGAAUAACUUGUUUGGUCCGUAAAGUGUAAGAACAAAGUUUAUUAUUUAAAAAAGCACCUCAGUGAUUGAUCCAGUAUCAAUAUGGUUUCUGAUCAAUAAUCUGGUUUGGACUGAUGAGACAUCUUCAGACCUCCCAAUCAAUCAGAGCAGUUGAUUAUUGAUUGAAGCAGCAGUAAAGUGUCUGUUAGCACACGAUCAGUAUCUGCUGUGAAGUAUUGAUCACAGUAUUUAGUGUUGUGUGUUCGAUUAAAGGAACAGUUCAACAUAUUGUUAGCCUAGCUUAGCAUAAAGACUGGAAACCAAGGGAAACUGCUAGCCUAGCUCAAGUUCAACAACCAUCUCACCGAUGAACGAGUCUUCAUGACAAACGGCGUAUCCAUCCGCCAAGUGCUCUGAAAAAAUAGUUCUCACACCAAACAAGGUUAUAGUUUUGCAUUGGAACUAUUUCUUUACAAAGAAGUGUGUAUCCAUCCACCGAGUGACAAACUUGUUUGAUAAACAAUAGUUUGUUGUUUUUACAAAGAAGUCCGUCCGCUAAUUUCCACAGACGUUGUGGGCGGAUGGAUACACAGCUUUAAGAAAUGGUUCCAACGUGGUGACAAACAUCGUAUCCAUCCGCCAGCAGUUGGCGGAUGGAUACGCAGAAUAUGAUGAAGAAAAGUUAAUUUCCUAAAAUGUUGAGCUGUUCCUUUCAGUCUCUCCUCGUCCAGAACAAACAUUGUUGUUGUUGUUGUUUAUUUCUGAAUGUUUAUGUUGACGUUUUAUAAAUAAAUCAGCUUCCUGAAA